AUGCAGCGCCUCCUCGCUUGGGCCGUGGUUGCCAGCCUCGGAGGCGUCACGGCCGACGCUUUGCUGGGCCACGGUGGGCACCCGGAGACCUGGGCGCUGGCAUGCCUCUGCCUCUGGGCCGGCUUCCUAGUCUCCAGAGGACCUCGGCGUUUCACCGCAUGGGAGCUGCGAAACGUGUUGUGGGCCUCUGCCAGCCUGGUCAGCUUCGCCUUCCUGCUGCUGGAUGGCGACCUUAACUCUUGGGCCGAUGUCUUCUAUUUCUGCGGCGAGGACAUGCGGUACUGUACCUCGGACUACCGCUGGAACGUACGUGGCUGGAGGAAGGCCGUGGCCCUCUGGAACUUCAUGCUGGCGGGGGCAAUGGGCCUCCAGCGGCUCGUCAUUGUCCUCGGCCUUAAUGGGCUGCACCCAGGGGAGGACGUGGUGACGCAGGAGUCCUUUGUCUCCAUCGGCUGGCGGCUCAUCCCCUAUUGGCUGAACAACUGGGAGCAGCAAUGGGGCGCGGAGUGCUCCUCCAUGGUGUUUGAGCUGCCGCACUUUGCGCUGGAGCUCCUGGUUGUGCUGCCCUGUGUCCAGAUCCUCUGCGCACGGCUGAAGAUCCUGGCCCAGCCCCACGUCGCCGCGGCCCUGCCGCCGGAGGAUGCCCAGGCCGAGGCGGCGGGGGAGGGUCCAGGGGACGAACGGGACGCACCUGUGUGGACCCCCAACAUCCUGGCCUGCCGGUGGGAGCGGCGGCGCGGCCAGCGGCGCCUGCUUCCCCGCCUCAAGGCCAACCUGCGGGCCAUGAGUCUCACCCUCUUCGUCUGCUCACUGGCGCUGCUGAACGCACUGGUCAUGCCGCUGCUGCUGGAGCGGUCGGUUGUGCUGGACCCGCGCUCCGCCGCCGUGCUGGCCGUGGAGCGCGAGUUGCACGCCGUGACCCUGUUCCUGGCCGCGCGCGCCGGCGGGCUGGACGUCGUGGCGGGACCCCUCCGCCUGCGGAGCGCGAGCGAUGCACGAGGCGAUACAACCGGCGAUGCACAGGUCGGUGCAGCCGACGGUAUGCCCGGCAGGGCAGCCGGCAGCACGCCCGCCCACCCCAACGAGACCGUGGCGUGGCUGCGCGAGCGCCAGGGCGCGUACUGGGCGCGGCGCCUGGCCGAGGCAGGCGCGCACGCGCGCCGCUCGCCGGAGCUGCGCCUGGUCCCGCUGUACCGCGCGCUGCACAAGCACGCGCGAGAGCUGGCGCACAUGCGCGACCAGGGCCACCGCCGCCUGUUCCCGUUGGUGGAGCUGGCGCUGUGCAUCAUGCGCCUCUCCUGCGAACGCUUCUUCACGCUGCUCGCCGUCUGGGCGGGGUACCUCGCCUUCCGCGACCCGCCCGCGCCCGCGCGCCGCGCCAUCGUGACCGUCGCGCGCCUGGCCGCCGCCUUCCAGCGCGCCGUGCUCCUCGCCUUCCCCGCCGUCUGCUGGGUCUACGAUGCCGGCAUCGUCUUCUCCACCUUUGCCUCCAUCGUUUUCUGGAGCGGGCCCCUCCGCGGCGCGGUGGAAAAGGUGCGGUCCACCGCCGCCAGCGUGGAGCCGCACGGCUGGCGCCACGCCACCGCUGCCGAGGUGGAGCGUAUGGGUGGCCAGUGUGCCGUGUGCUGGGGCACGCUGGGGCCAGAGGCCGCGGAGGUGGCGGAAGUCUCUGCGCCGGCGGCCGGCGGGGACACUGCCGGCGCCGAGGGCGCGAACUCCGAGCCCGGCUCCCCCCCCGGCGACGAGCGUGCCUCAGAGCCCGCACCCCGGCCGGCCCGCAGCUGGCUGUCGGACCGGUCCGCGGCGCUGCGCCAGGCGGCCUCCGCCGCACUUUCCGGGCGCGGGCCGCUGGACUUGCGCACCGAGGAAGAGGUGGACAGCGCGGAGAGCGCGGCGCGCUGGGCGGCGGUGGACGCCAUGGCGCUGCCGUGCGGGCACGCCUACCACGCCGACUGCAUCCUACAGUGGCUGCAGCAGUGCUUUAGCCAGGGUCGCGUGCCCACGUGCCCCAUGUGCCAGGCGACCAUCGCGCUACGGGUGCGGUAUCACUGGCCCUUCCGGGCGGUACCGCGCAGCCGUCUGCAUGACGAGCCUGUGCAGCCCCAGUUUGGCGUGGAGGGCGACGGCGGCCUGGACCCCGGCAUCAGGGGCAUUCGGAUGCUCACCUACGUCCUCAGGGACGACUUCCGGAAUCGGUUCGAGGUGUUCCUGGCGCCAGACCAGGCCCAGCAGCCAGUCGGCCUGGAGGUCCCGCAGCCCAACGACGUGCGGCAACCGCUGUGGGGCUGA